AUCUUGGUAGAAGAACUGCUUCUCUCUCCCUCCGACGAGGAAAACAAGUGCUGAACAAUUUAGGGCUACCAAAACUGGACCACCAGCUAGAUCUCGCCGCCCCUCCGCAGUAUCUCCGGCCGCCGCCCCAGCUUUUAGCAGUCGUUCGCUGAGGAUAUUAUUCUCAAAGCAUUCCGAAUUCGAGCUCUAUUAGUCUCCAGCUGUAUCCUCUGAAAUCCUAACCUAAUCCUUGAUCGACCAGAUUUUGAGACCGAUUCAACUCCAAUAAUGGGGAAAAAGCAGCACAGUAAGGAUCGGAUGUUCAUCACGAAAACGGAGUGGGCCACAGAGUGGGGCGGCGCCAAGUCCAAAGAAUUAGCCCCGUUUAAACGGCUUCCUUUCUAUUGCUGCGCACUCACGUUUACGCAGUUUGAAGUCCCCGUUUGCACUUCAGAUGGCAACGUAUUUGACAUCAUGCACAUAAUGCCAUAUAUCAACAAGUACGGGAGACAUCCUGUAACUGGAGCUCCAUUGAGGAAGGAGGAUUUGAUCCCACUCACUUUUCACAAGAAUCAAGAAGGAGAGUAUCAUUGCCCUGUCCUAAAUAAAGUUUUUACGGAGUUCACACACAUAGUUGCGGUUAAAACCACCGGAAAUGUGUUCUGUUACGAGGUACAUUCCAGUCCUUUCGUGACUGUCCUCUUAAUUGUAUACUCAUUUCAUUACAUGGAACUGUUGCUUGCUCAGGCCAUUAAGGAGUUAAACAUUAAAACUAAGAACUGGAAGGAGCUUCUCACUGAUGAACCAUUCUCUAGAGAAGACAUUAUAACUAUUCAAAAUCCUAAUGCUCUGGAUUCCGAGGCUCUUGUGGACUUCGAUCAUGUCAAGAAGAACUUAAAAAUUGAUGAUGAAGAGUCAAAGAAAAUGGAAUCUGACCCGUCUUACAACAUAAAUGUCAUUGGGGAUAUAAAGCAAAUGCUUAAGGAACUUGGAACUGAAAAGGCAAAGGAGAUUGCACUACAUGGUGGAGGAGGAAGCAAGGCAAGGGAUGAAAGAGCUGCUGCUCUUGAAGCCAUUUUGGAAGCUAGAUCACGCAUCAAGGAUGACAAUGGAAAGAAUGGUGAUAAGCCCAAGCAGGGCUUCAGUAUUGUGGAUGCUGCAUCUGCAGCAGUCCAUGGGAGAAGCGCAGAUGCUGCAAGGUCUGAUGCUAGUAAUAAAACUGCUGCUCGCAUAGCGAUGCACAUGGCAGGGGAGAGGACUCCAGUAAACGCAAAGCUGGUUAAAAGUCGUUUCACAUCUGGUGCUGCUUCACGAUCUUUCACUUCUACAUCUUAUGAUCCUGUGACCAAAAAUGAAUACGAGUAUGUUAAAGUUGAGAAAAAUCCAAAGAAGAAGGGUUAUGCACGGCUGCAAACAACACAUGGUGAUUUGAACAUUGAACUGCACUGUGACAUCACUCCAAGGACAUGUGAAAACUUCAUCACUCUUUGUGAGCGUGGUUAUUAUAAUGGAAUAACUUUUCACAGAAGUAUAAGAAAUUUCAUGAUUCAAGGUGGUGAUCCUACCGGAACUGGGAGAGGAGGUGAGUCAAUUUGGGGAAAGCCCUUCAAAGACGAACUCAACUCCAAGUUAGUUCAUUCCGGACGAGGUGUUGUUAGCAUGGCAAAUUCCGGUCCUCACACAAAUGGUUCACAAUUUUUCAUCUUGUACAAGUCUGCAAAGCAUUUGAACUUUAAGCACACAGUUUUUGGAAUGGUUGUUGGAGGUUUGACAACGCUUUCAGCAAUGGAGAAAGUACCUGUUGAUGAUGAUGAUCGACCCCUGGAAGAGAUCAAGAUUAUAAGUGCUGAUGUAUUUGUCAACCCUUAUGCUGAAUCUGACGAUGAGGAGGAAGGGAAGACAGUCGAAGAAGACAAAAACAUCAAGGAUGAAGAUAAUGAAAAGAUCGGUUCAUGGUACAGCAAUCCGGUUACUAGUUCAGAUACCCCCUCUGUUGGCAGUGGAGUCGGAAAGUACUUGAAAGCAAGGAUCACUCAGCCUGCGUCUGUUGCUCCUCUCGAUGGUGAUAUCCCAUCUGGGUCCGUAGGGAAGAAGAGAAAGGUGGGAGGGUCACGUGGUGAACUUAAGGAUUUUUCUUCUUGGUGAGAUUUGUAUUUAUUUUGCAAGAGACGUUAAAAAAUCUUGGCUAUGGCAGGCACCACAAUGUAUGUAUUUGAUAGUUGAGUUUUGAAUUUUGGGGUUACAACUAGUAUAUCCUCAAGUUCGUGUUCGUACCCUUGCUUUGAGAAAUUUUAUUCCAUGCUUUUCCGGGUCUGAGAUGAAUAUUUUGACUUAUUUCGAGGUUUA